AUGCAAGAGAAACCAGAUGUUACUUACUCGGACGUCGGUGGAUUAGAUAUUCAGAAGCAAGAGAUUCGCGAGGCUGUUGAGCUGCCGUUGACGUGCCCGGAGCAUUAUCACCAAAUAGGCAUCGAACCCCCUACAGGAGUCCUGCUAUAUGGACCCCCGGGCACUGGCAAGACAAUGCUAGCAAAGGCUGUUGCUAACAACACACAGGCGACCUUCAUUCGCGUAGUGGGCAGCGAAUUCGUCCAGAAAUAUUUAGGAGAGGGGCCGAGGAUGGUCAGAGAUGUUUUCAGACUGGCCCGCGAGCACUCUCCUGCAAUUGUGUUUAUUGACGAAGUCGACGCCAUCGCCACCAAGCGUUUCGAUGCCCAGACAGGAGCAGACAGAGAAGUGCAGCGGAUUUUGCUGGAGCUGCUAAACCAAAUGGAUGGCUUCGACCAAACCUCCACCGUCAAAGUGAUAAUGGCGACGAACAGAGCAGACACUUUAGACCCCGCGCUGCUUCGCCCAGGUCGGUUAGAUAGAAAAAUUGAGUUUCCGCUGCCGGACAGACGACAAAGAAGAUUAAUUUUGCAGACAAUUACUGCUAAAAUGAAUAUAUCGCCUGAAGUGGAUCUCGAGGACUUUGUCUCUCGCCCUGAGAAGGUCUCCGCUGCAGACAUCGCCGCCAUCUGUCAGGAGGCUGGCAUGCAGGCUGUCAGGAAAAACAGAUAUGUGGUGCUGACAAAGGACUUUGAGAAGGGCUGGAAGACUCACGUACGCAAACACGAAAGAGACUUCGAAUUCUACUCUGUCUAA